AUGGCAAAUGGAGGGGGCAACGGCGGUGGUGGAAACAAUAACAACAGUGGAGGUGGAAACGGCGGUGGCGGAAACAAUAACAGGGGCAAUAGGACGGUGGAGUUACAGCCCCACCCGGUGAAAGAACAACUCCCUGGAAUUCAGUAUUGUGUCAACAGUCCUCCUCCUUGGUUUGAAGCGUUAGUGUUGGGUUUCCAGCAUUAUUUGUUGAGUCUUGGCAUCACGGUUCUUAUUCCAAGCCUUUUGGUUCCACACAUGGGAGGUGGUGAUGCAGAGAAGGCUAGAGUUAUACAAACAAUGCUAUUUGUGUCUGGAUUAACAACAUUGUUCCAGUCUUUCUUUGGAACUCGAUUGCCUGUGAUAGCUGCUCCUUCUUAUGCAUAUAUCAUACCUAUCACUUCCAUCAUUUCCUCAACUCGCUUCGCUUACUACACUGAUCCUUUUGAAAGAUUUGUGGAAACAUUGAGAAGCAUACAAGGGGCUCUGAUUAUCGCCGGCUGUUUCCAAGUUCUUGUAUGUUUCUUAGGUCUAUGGAGAAACAUCGCCAGAUUUCUAAGCCCACUCUCAAUUGCUCCUUUGACAACGUUUGCUGGACUAGGACUCUACCAAAUUGGCUUCCCUUUGAUGAAGAAAGGGGUGAUUUGGAAUGGAUCAAGAUGUGACCGUUAUGGGAUGAUGAUGUGCAUUCCAUUGGUUUGGUUGUUAGCUCUGUUACUCACAUCGAGUGGUGUAUACAACCAUAAGUCUCAAACUACUCAAAUCAGUUGCCGUACAGACCGUAAUGGUCUUAUCACCAACACUCCAUGCCCAACCUUCCACUUCACUGAUUCUUUCGCGAUGAUGGCUGCCUCUUUCGUCACUCUAUUUGAGUCGACCGGUUUGUUCUACGCAUCUGCAAGAUAUGGAAAAAAUGUUGGACUUUUGGCAAUGACUAAGAUUGGGAGUCGAAGAGUGAUACAAAUUUCAGCUGCCUUCAUGAUUUUUUUCUCUAUUUUCGGAAAAUUUGGAGCUUUUUUCGCGUCCAUACCGUUACCAAUCAUGGCGUCCGUGUACUGCAUCGUCUUGUGUUUUGUGUCUUCUGCGGGCAUUAGCUUUCUACAAUUUUGCAACCUCAACAGCUUCAACACCAAGUUCAUUUUGGGAUUUUCAUUUUUCAUGGCUAUUUCAAUCCCUCAAUACUUUAGAGAAUACUACAACGGAGUUGGAAGAUGUGAUAAGAGUGAUAUUCAUGUCACAUACAACGGUUGCGGGAAUGAUAGCAAUAGUGCUUGA